AUGACAAUUCGAUCCAUGAAAUUUAAUCCAGAGGUCCUUCUUGGGACCCCCCGCCGCUCAGGUGCCGUUCCAAAUGCCUCGGGAACACUCGUCGUUUACACCCAGACCUCCUACUCCUUUGAGUCACAUUCGAAGACAAACGAAAUCCGAGUGCUGGACGUUGCUACAGGCCGUUCCGCUCUGAUCGUCAAUGACCCGGGUGCUAGCUGCCCGCAAUGGCUGGAUAAUUCCGACCAGCUUGUAUGGCUGAAAACGAAGUCCAACGGUAACACAAGUUUUAUUAUCGGCGAUGCACGAGAAUCCGACAAAACCUACACCGCUGGAACUGUGCCAGGCCCGGUGUCCGAUCUUAAAGUAACCACUGUUGAGCCGGGGAAAAUUGGCUUUGCGGUAACCGGUAAAGCGAACCCGGAUGGAUCGCUGUUCAACCCCCACGAUGCCAAGAAACCUUUCAGCACUGGGAAACUAUAUACUUCUCUAUUUGUGAGACACUGGGACUCGUACAUCGAGCUCCAGAGGAACGCCAUUUGGUAUGGCCUGCUUCAGCGCGCGCCGCUUUCCCCUGCAACCAGGCAUGCGGGCAAGUACUCCGUUUCAGGGCUGACAAACCUCAUAUCCGUCUCCGGCCUGGGCGGUGUUGAAUCGCCCAUUCCACCUUUUGGGGGUUCUGGGGAUUUUGAUAUCAGCCCCAAUGCAAUUGUCUUCGUGGCCAAAGACCCAACUGUAAAUCCGGCCACGCACACCUCGUGCUCGUGUUACUACUGCCCAAUGUUCUCGUGGACCAGCAUGGAGGCAACGCAAUCUAAAAUCUGCGCAGUGAAGGGCCUUGAAGGCGCAAUGUCGUCCCCCGUUCUUACAUCAGAUGGAAGCUCAAUAGCUCUUCUGUCCAUGCGUGAGGACGGCUACGAGUCCGACAAAAAUCGGAUAUUGUACGUUCCGAAUCCGUGGAAUGGUGAGAUGAUAGAAGUAUUUGCAUCGCCAGACGGGGAAGGUCUUUGGCAUCUCAGCCCGUCCGCAUUAACCUUUGCCAAUGAUGACCGUUCGCUGUUUGUUCAGGUCGAGGAAAAUGGGCGCGGGGUGCUUUACCAGCUCCCUCUUAAUAAUAUCCGCCAUUCCACCCCUGAUGUGCUCAAGAAGUUGACCUUUUCGGGCUAUGUGACGGAUGUUUACCCCUCAUCUUCUAAGUCAUCCAGUCUUCUUGUCUCCAGCAACAAUUUGGUGGACAAUAGCGUAUGGAGCAUCCUCGACCCUCUGUCUCCGGAGAAUGCGCAAGUUAUCUCUUCAAUUGGUCGAGCCGGUGCUACCUUUGGGUUGUCCACUGCGCAGAUUGAUGAGAUAUGGUUUAGGGGAGCGGAGGACCAUCCCAUCCAUGCGUGGGUGGUGAAACCGUCCAAUUUCAAGCCGGGAGACAAAUAUCCACUGGCUUACCUGGUCCAUGGUGGACCCCAAGGGGCAUGGAAUGAUCAAUGGAGCACACGGUGGAACCCUGCUGUUUUUGCGGAGCAGGGAUAUGUUGUCGUCACACCAAACCCGACAGGUAGCACUGGCUAUGGACAGGCGUUUACGGACGGUAUCCGUGGGUGCUGGGGAGGACGGCCGUACAUUGAUCUCGAGAAAGGGUUCGAGUAUAUCGAAAAGAACCUGGAAUAUGUGGAUGUUACGCGAGCGGUGGCGCUGGGAGCCUCAUACGGUGGGUACAUGAUGAACUGGAUCCAAGGACACCCCUUAGGGCGUCGAUUCAAGGCCCUUGUGACCCACGACGGGGUGUUCAGUAUGCGUUCCUUGCUGAGUACUGAGGAGCUCUAUUUUCCCGUUCACGACCUCGAAGGCCCGGUCUGGAAGGUCCCCGAAAACUGGGACCGAUGGGAUCCGAGUCAGCAUACUGGCAACUGGCAGACUCCACACUUGAUCAUCCAUAAUGAGUUGGAUUAUCGACUGACUAUCGCCGAGGGUCUUGCAGCAUUCAACAUCCUGCAGAUGAGAGGGGUGGAAAGCCAGUUUCUGACGUUCCCGGAUGAAAACCAUUGGGUGCUGAACCCCGAGAAUUCGCUCAUGUGGCAUAACACCGUUUUGAAUUGGAUCAACAAACAUGUCGGGCUUCCUCCUGUGACCAGUCAGCCUGAGGAGGCUGCCUCGAGCAAGAGGACCUCCUUGGAGAAGGGCAUGGCCAAAAUUUCACUUUCAAAGAUCCAUGAGACACUGUCUUGA